AUGGUGAACAUGCUCCGACAAUCGCUAUUGGAUCUUCCCGUCGAGUUGUUGCUUCGCAUUCUAUCAAUCGACAACGUCCUUUCCGCCCGGGAUUUCUACGCUUUGGCCAUUGUCUGCCGUCGGCUGCAUGAGCUGGCGUUGCCCCUCUUCCUUACCGCUCAUGAUAUAACGGAUCCCACGCAAGAAGCGGUGAUCCUCGUGUCAAAAUGGGCUCCAGUUCAUCGACUCACAAGAGAGCCGGACGGGCUCGCAGGUCUGUCAAUCGCAACCCACGUCACCUCCAUCAAGAGACUCCGCCUCUUCUUUCAAGAUACCAAUUACACAAGGGAAAGAAAUUACUUUCAGCAAGCCGCCCAUCUCACCCAUGCGGUUCGACGAGCUAUGAACUUCGUCUCCGGGCUCACAUCUAUUGACGAGGCGGGUAUUUCACUCAUACGGGACCCGUAUCACGUUGUUCAGUCGCACAGUGCCCCAGGAGUCGCCCAUUCCGAACUGUCCGAGAUACAAGAGUGGUCGUCGGCACUAGAAGGCCUACUGAACGCGAUUCUUGAGCGAGGAUGUCAGCACUUGACUGUGCAGUACGAAGCGGCCAUCGAAACGGGGCUUCAGUUCAGGGAGAAGGGGAUCAUCAAGAAAGCACUAACGCAUUUAUCGCGUGGUGUACCCCAUCAAAAGAGGAACGAGGCCAAUUUUACAGCAUUCGAAUGGCAAUUUUCUAAAUCUUACAACGAGUCACCGAACAAGAUCCCUCCAGGCGAAGACGUCGUCGAGCCAGCCGUCCUUUCCUGCCUGCCUCAAGAGCGCCCAAUUCUCUGUUCCUUAACGAUCCACACCCCAGUUUUGCUCCUACCGCCGUUCACAAACUGGACCCUCACUCUCCUUCAUACCCAAACCAACCUCACAAGCCUGUCUUUUGCCCACAUCAAGUUUGCGCCAAUGACAUGGCAUCUUUUGCUCCCCUUCGUGGCAGAUGCAGUGUCCAGCCGACUCACCGAGCUUUCGGUGCUCGAGCAAUGCCCGUAUCUCGGGGCACUUGACCUCCUUCGGUUUGUAGCCCGCCUGCACCAACUCGAGAAGCUCGUCAUUGGCCGCUCCUUCCGCGUGAGGUUCCAGGAAGUCCGGUUCCCAUGGGUGGGCGGGCUUCUCCCAUCCAACACCUUGAUUCCUUCGUUCGUGAACCUUCACUCUCUCCAAGCGCCCGUCGAGUUCAUUUCGCUCGUUCUCGAUGCCCGGCCUACCAGUUCCAAGACUGCGUAUGAUGACGUCAUGGUCGCCUUUCCCAAGCUCAGAUCGCUCACCGUGUACCCGUGCAAUCUCCUCAUCCACCCACCGAGUUACUUCGAAUCAAUGCUUACCGUCAACGCUCUACAUCGCAGGGUGCUUUCGCUCCUCUCCGCGAGCCAGACCGAUGCACAGCCGCAGGGCAAACAUGUUAUCGAGUUUUCAUUCAAUGUAGAGGCAGAUUUCAUGGACUUCGAGUCUGUGUGCGAUUAUUUUGAAGCCCUCAGCACGCAGGCAUCAUUCCAGCGGACCCUGGUGGAUAGUCUGAAUCUUAAUGAGGCAGAGAUCGGGUCUCUUUCAUCAACGUAUCCGCUUCACGGACAUCCUUCAAGUCCCUGUUCAAACAACAUGCAGACGCAUGUGCGUGCAAGGAACACAUCCUCUUCGCCCCCGAGUGACCCGCCGACCAGGAAGCCCAUGAAUCUACCGAAGCCCUUCGUCGAGUUCUCGUUCGUCGCCCAUCUUGUGUUGCCUAGUUUCAACCUCGUCCCCCAGGACCAUAGGAGGCAAGGUUUGGCCAAGUCGUCAGAGCAGUCGUCGCGCCCGCCCACAAGCGCUUCUCUCUGUCAAUAUCUCAACCUUCUCUUCCCUGCCUUGAGGAGGCUGGAGUUCACAGAUGGAUGCCAGAAUUUUCUGGACGUGUCCUCGGUGAGGAGAGACCCUGAUGAGAGGGAGAGGAUGGUGCGCGAGCUUGUGCACGAGCUGCAGGAGAGGUGUCCAGUAGUUAAGGAGCUGGUGGUUGGAUUGUCGAGAUAUGAAGUGUAA